AUGAUAGGAGGCAUAACAACUGAUACUGAAAAUUCUUAUAAAUCAGCAUUUUAUCAAUACAAUCUUACUAUCCAAGAAUGAAAAAAUAUUACGAAUCCUUCUAAUUUAUUUACCUUUAGAUCUCAUGCUAAAGGUGCACUAAUUGGCAGUGAUUUUUAUAUUUUCUUUGGACUUGAAGCAAACUCAAUGAAAGAACUGGCUACUUGUUACAAAAUUUCAUUAGAAGAUCCAGAAUUUAAAUGGAAUCUUAUACCUAUUUUGGGAGAUAAUAACGAUUUAAUAAGAAGAAGUUCUUAUGGAUUAGGAGUUUUGCAUGAAAAAGUGUAUCUAUUUGGUGGCACACGAGAUUUAGAGCAAAAAAACAGCUUAAUAAUAUUUGACAUGUCUAAGAAUCCUAUUGAAUAUCAAUAUUUUAAUGAAUACAAUAACCCUGGCUCAAGAAUGUGCCAUUCUCUCAACGUUGUUGGAGGACAUUUGCUGCUAUUUGGUGGGGAUAGAAAAGGUGAAAAAUUAAAUGAUUUUUGAAAGCUGGAUCUUAAAACACUGGCAUGGAAAUUUUUAAGCCCAAGAGGAGAAGUCCCUUCAGGGAGAUCUCAUCAUGCUGCAGCCUCAAAUGGAGAUAUUUUGAUUAUUUGAGGAGGUUAUAGUGUUGAAGGGUAUCUAAAUGACGCUUAUAUUUAUAAUAUUCUAACAAAUAUAUGGUAUAAGGUUGACUAUAGUUCUGAAUCAGUCCCAAGUCCUAGGACUGGGGCCUGCAUGGGAAUUGGAUAUUCAAUGGUUCUAAUUUAUGGCGGAAUUACAUAUAAUGGCUUAUCAGAUGAACUAUGAUAUCUUGAUUUAGACACUAAAAGUUAUACCCAGCUACAAAGUGCAAACGACGGCCCCGGUCCAAUAUAUCUAGCAGGCUGCAAAUGCCCAUCUGACAGGACUCACCGGCUAUUUGUGCAUAGUGGGAUCGGACCCAAUGAAAUCCCUUCAAAUGGGAUAUACAUUUUCAAUAAGUCUUAUAUGAACUGGACUAAGCUAUACCACGAUCAAGACAAUUUACAAUAUGCAAGAGGCUACACUAAAAUCUUUAAGGUCAAUUUUAAGUAUGUCUAUUUCGGUGGAGAAGGUAUUAAUUCCCCAGAUGACUCUUGCUAUUAUUGAAAUCAAACCAGCAAUGGAUUUUAUAAAUUUGGAGUACUUCCUAAGUAUAUUUUUGCAGCUGCACAAGAAUGCUUUGGGACUAGCAUAUAUAUGCAUGGAGGAGGGGCUGCUAUGGGAGAAAAUUUUCGAUGGACUGUCCCUGUUAGUAAUUUUUUAUAUGUUGAUUUAAUAUCUGCUUGUGUUGGAAACGAUCCUUGCACUUGGGCAUGAUGCAGCUCAGGAACUUAUCUUUCUAACAAUGUCUGUGAAAUUUGUCCAUCAGGGACUUAUCAGCCGUAUUACGGCGGGACAUGCUUAAAAUGCCCCAAAGGGACGUAUUACCCAGGAAUAGGAGCAACAUCAAUAGAUCAGUGUUAUCCAUGCAAUGAUGGGACUUAUAAUCCUUAUAAAGGGGCUUCUUUUUGUCUUAACUGUCCAGCUGGAGUUACAUGUCCUGCAGGGAGCAGUGACUAA